AUGACAUCGAAAAGAGUUUUGUUGGUUGGCUUGGGAAACCACACACACCCUCAAACAUGGCAUAGCAUAGGGAUGCUUCUUUUAGAUCAUAUAGCAUCACAGUUAAAUAUCACUUGGACAAAAAAUAAAUCGAUUCACGCAUACAUCACACAACCAACUACGAUUUACGUCGACCCCACUUCUUUAUCAGGCGAAUCAGAUGAAGACAUCAAGGCAACCAUCAAUACUACCGUUCAAGAUGAUGUGUUUAAUAAUUCAAAUCUCCUUUCAAUGACCGAUUCAUCAUUACUGCCCGAGUCAUCAAAACAUCCAUCUCCAUUAUCCUCACCAUCAUCGGGAUUGUCAGACGUUACAUCCUCACCUAAACUUCAACCAAAAAAAUCCAAACCAAAACCUGAUCUUGUUCCUAUUGAAUUGACUCUAUUGAAACCUAUGUUCUUAAUGAAUGUUAGUGGGAAAUCGGUCUCGAAAGCAGCACGAGAGCUUCAAUUCUCGCAUUCGAAUAUGAUAAUCAUUCAUGAUGAUAUGCAACGCGAACUCGGUAAAUUCAGCAUAAAAAAUGGCGGCAGUGCGAGUGGACAUAAUGGAAUUAAAUCGGUAAUCGAUCAUUUGAAAACCGACGCAUUUCAAAGAUUAAGAAUUGGCAUAGGCAGACCUCCAAAUGAUGAUCGAUCACGUGAUACCGUAUCGGAUUUUGUUUUGUCACCAUGA